AAAAUAAAAUGUCUGAAAGGAAUAGAUCACUUAAUAAUUCUCGUUUAAAAAGUCCUUCAAAUAAUUAAUUUUAAUAAAAUUAAGGCUCACAUACACAAAUAAUUUAGCAACCCAUUUUAAAUAAACAAUAAUCACACCAACAAUUAGUUUAUUAAGCCCCUUAAUAAUAAUUAGUAACAUCAAGACUUGGAUCAUAAUAAAACUUAGUAAUGGAAUAAGGAGGCUAACAAAAAAUUCCUGUGUCAUCGAAUUCUCGUAUUUUAGUAUAAUCUUAAAUGUUAUAAAGCGGAUAAACAGAAACUACUUAUAUUCCAGUAUAAGCAGUCUAAACAUAUGUUUCUUAGUAAGUACCUGUUUAUUUUAUGGAAAAAUAAAUACCUAUGCAAAUUCAAGAAAGGAUUGUAGAAGUAGAAAACGUUACACAUAUCAAUGAACUUAGAGAAUAAAUAUAUUUACUAUAAACAAAAAUAGAAUCACUCAAUUAAUAAAUUCAUUUACUAUAAAAUAGACCAGAAAAAUCCGUAGAAAAAGUAGUUCAAGUAGAAAACACUUAACAAAUAUAAUAUUUAAAUGAAUAAUUAUUAAUGUUAAAAUAAUAAAAUGAAUAUUUAACAAUUGAAUUGAGAAAAGCCUAAAAUAAACCUGAACGUGUGUCAGAAAAAGAAAAGAUAAUAUAUGUAGAAAACAAUGAAAGAAUAUGUUAACUAGAAAAUGAAUUAUCCAAUUUAAGAUAAUAAUAAGAUCUAGAAAACCAAUUAUCCUAAAAAGGAAAAGAAGUAGACGAAUGGAGAAGCAAAGUACUUAUGUAUGAAAACAGAUAAAAUGAUUAUGAAUAGAAAAUAGUUUUUAUGAAUAAAGAAAUUGAUAGAUUGAGUAAUGUUAAUGUAAAAAUUACUGAAGAAUGCAACAUUUAUAUAAAACAAAGAUCAUAAUAUGAAAAUGAAUUAAAUAAUUAUAAGAAUAAGUUAUAAGAAUAUGAGAGAAUCUUUUAAUAAUUAAAUUAGAAAUGCGAGGUUAUUAAUGAUGACAAUAUUAAAAAACAUAAGAAAGUAUAAGAAAUGGAAAUUAAAAUUAUAAACUAUAAGGAUAUAGAGGAAAAAUUAGCUCUAAUGAGUCAAACUUUAGAAUUUACUUAGAGAAAAGUAAACAGUUUAGAUUAAGAGAAUAGUUCUUUGAAAAAAUUAAUUGGAGAAAAUGAAUAAAAAUUAUCGAUUAUGGCUUCUUAUGAGUCUAGAUUAUAUACUUUAACUUAAUAAAUGGAAACUUUAAAUGGAAUUAUAGCCUAAAAAGAUAAUGAUUUGAAAAACUUGAGGAAUGAAAUUAGUAAUUAUUAAAUUUAGAUUAAUUAAAGUAAUUCUAAUAAAGAAAUCUUAAUAAGAUUAAGUAAAGAAAAUGAAGAUUUGAAAAAAAAACAAGUAGAAAUCGAAAGCUCUAUUUAUAGCUAUAAAUAAUAUGAAACUAAAUUGAAUGAAUGUGAGAAAAAUAAUAAAGAUUUGAGAAGUAAAAUUGAAUUUUAGAAUAGUUAAUUGGUAUAAUAUAGUACUAAAAUUUCUUAAUAUGAAUAAUAAAUAGAUUAAAUUAGUAUAUUUUAAUCUGAAAAUAAUAAUCUUAAAUAACUUCUGAAUAUUAGAGAAAGAGAAAUUCAAGAAUGGUAGUAGAAAUAUACUGUUUUGGAAGAUAAAUCUAUGUAAUAUAUCUAAUUUGAAAAUGAAAUUUAAAAAUAUAAGAACGAUUUAAAAAUAUUAGCAGAGGAAUUUUAAAAACAAAAAGGUAUUAUGAGAGGAAAAGAAGAAGAAAUAAUUUUAUGGAGAAAUAAAUAUUAAUAACUAGAAAUAAGCCUUUCUUCAUAAAAAUACUCUGAUGCAAAAGUUUUAUAACUUACUUAAGAAAUUUAAAACUUGACAAGUUAAAAUGCAUCUCUAUAAACAUAAAUAGGCGAAUUGUAAAAUCAAGGAAUUCUCUAUUUAAAAUAAUAAGAAAAAUGUAGUGAACAUAUUACAAAAAUUAUUCUUUAAGGAGCACUUAUUGAAAGUUUAAGAGAUGGAUUUGUUGCAAGAAAUUCAAUUAUAAGAAGUGGAGAGGAAAUAAGGAAAUCUCUACACGCAAAUGAUGAAAUUGUUAAAAAAAGUAAGUUUGUAGGAGGAAAUUAAUAAAAUGAUGGUUGGUUAAAAAAUUCUAUUAUUACAGAAUCAGUUAAAGUUAAUGGUAAUGUAAGUGAUCAUAAUGGAGAUAAUAAUAGUACUUUUGAUGGAAAAAAAAGUGGAUAAUCAAUAAAUUAUAAUGACAUGAAUAAUGGAAAAAAUUAAUAGAAUUAUUUAGGUAGUUAAUAAUUGUAAAGUAUUUAAAAAUAAUAAGUUGCUAAUUAUGUAGUAACAAAAAAUAGCUCUUAAGUAUAACAUUCAAAUAAUAGUUAUAAAUGA